AUGUCAAUGCUUCUACCGCCACAGGCGCCACAGGCGUUACAGGAGUGUGGAGCUUGGUCUUGCUGCCACAUUUGUCGCGGGCGGCUUUGGCAUGUCUCACAAUACCGUUUCUGGAUUGAAAGGGAACAGCCCAGCAGCAGCCCACUCGGUCAGGAUAUUUCUCUUGGUAAUACUUGGUCCCUGGCCGGCUUGUAA